AUGGUCAACGUCGCAAUUGCUGGAGGCACUGGUGGUGUCGGACGUGCCAUCGUCGAAGCGAUCAAGGAUGACCCGAGGCAUGCAGCCGUUAUACUGUCUCGAAAGAUCCCGGCUGGGAAUGAUCUGGGCCUGCCGAUUAUCGAGGUGAACUACGAGAGUGUAGAUGACCUGGCCGAGGUCCUGGAGAGUCACCAAAUCCACACCGUCAUCUCGGCGCUCGCCCUCCAUAUCCAUGGCGUCGGGACAGCCCAGAGGAACCUCAUCAAGGCAGCCGACAAGUCCUUGGCGACGAAGCGAUUCGUCGUCAGCGCGUGGGCCGUGCGUCCUUCUGAAGAAUUCUUGAACAUGCUCCCUCACGGUUAUCAGCAUGUGGCUUCCUACGCAGAGCUGGAGAAGACUAGCCUCGAGUGGACGGCCUUCAACAAUGGAUGGUUCUUGGAGUACUUCGGUAUGCCCCACGUAAAGACGUACAUACCGCAAACAACAUUCGUGGUCGACAUGGCCAACAAGAGGGCUGCGAUUCCCGGGACCGGCAAGGAGUUGAUGACCUUCACGUACUCGCUCGAUGUCGCAAAGUUCGUGGUUGCCGCGCUCGACCUUGAAAAAUGGGACCGGGAUACUAUCGUCAUCGGCGACAAAAUGACAUGGGAGCAGUUCGUGCAACUGGCAGAGGAGGCCCGAGGUGAGAAAUUCACUGUCACUUAUGACAGCGUGAACAAGCUUGAGAAGGGUGAAAUUACCGAAUUGCCGGGCCAAGUUGCUGCCUACUCGUAUUUCCCGAAGGAGUGGGUCCAGAAGUUGUUCUCGGUGUUUGGCUUGUGGGUAACGAGGGGUGUUUUUGACCUUCCCACGGAAAACGCUUUGAAUAAGAGGUUCCCCGGCAUCAAAGUCACGACCGUUAAGGAGAUGCUAGACCAGGCGUGGAAAGGAAAAUAG